GAUUACAGACAUAAACCACCAACACCUGGUAACAUUCUGUCUUUAUGCCGCUUUUUGUUGGGUCCGUAGAACACUGCUCUUUUCUGCCUUUUUUAACCAAUUGUGGAUUCACAUAUCCUAAGAAGUAUGGGCUCUCUUACUCCUGGUGUGAUCCAACUAAAAUGUUAGCAUCCUGUAUAUAGAAGCCAGAGACAUUUGUGUUCAAGACAAAAGCUUUGCCUUUAAUUUCUCAGCUACUGAAAAAGCCACAAGAAAGUGUGUGACAGCAACUGUGGCUACCCAUGUUUUCAUGUUACCCCUUAGUUUUUAAGUCAUUGUGUGCCUAUAACCUGAAGGUAGUAAGAACAGAGACAGAGCUGGCAGUGUAUGUGGGAUGUUUGCUGUGUCUUGCCAGUAAUUAAAUUUGUCUGUUUCUGACCUUUCCCAUUGCUGCUGUCAGUGGUUUACUUUAACUGUUGACCUUGCAGUUUUUAAAAAUAACAGCAGUAUUAAAGGGACUUUUGCUAAGCUAGUACUGAUCUAUUUUGUUUCUCCAUCUACCUUCUCUCCUCUUCCUUCAGACUGUGGUUAGGUUGGUAACUGAUGAUAGGGUCUUCAGAGAAAUGAACAUCUCUUAAGUAUUAGCCUUUUGGCCUUUUGUCUUCAUUCCAGUCACCUGUAUAUUCUAUUAAUGUAAGUAGAAGGAAGUGAGACAGAAGUAGAUGUAUCAGGAUAACUUAUUUUUAAAAAUCCAAAAGAUAAAUCCCCUCAACGGGAGAAAGUUUGAAUUAAAUAAGUACAAUACAAUGGUGUAUAAAAAUCAACAAUGAUAUAUUGGGAUAUAAAACCAGGUUACUGUGCUUUACCUCUCAUUUGUUCAUGGUGCUAGUCUGUAACUAUCUAUUUACAUUUUUAUUUUAAAGGUUAACAAAUUUGCAGCAAAGGAGAAAGCUAGUUGAAAUAGGAAAAGACGAUCAGCCCCUAACCCAAGAGUGAAAGGCAAAGAUGUUACAUGAUUCUUGAAAUUUUCAUUUUGUUCAAAAAUAUUUUUUCACUGAGGAAAAGAAUGAGAAUUGUACAGAAAUGUCUUAUAUAUUUCUUGGUUUCCAAAGAGCAUGUUAAAUAUAUGUUGUGUUUAGGUUUUGGUUUAGUAUGCUACCUGUAGUCGUUGUAGGUAGCUCAGUGAUUGAAUCCAUCCUAACAUAGAAACCACUCCUAACCCUGAAAACAUUGGAGCCAAUAAACUUGCAGCAUGCUCUGAGCCCUGACCUAAUUGGUUGGUUGGUCUUUUAGGUCAUAAUCACAUCAUGUAACAGUAAGCAGAAUCUAAUGUUACAGUAGUGAGGUUAGGAAUUUUUUUUCAAUCUAAAAUUGUUCCUUUCUCUCUAAUAAAAACAUCUGAAACUCAAGACAUCUUUAAGAAUUUGUUUCAACAGCAUGCUGGAAGAUGGUGGAUCUUAUUUUGGCCCAGAAGAUUUUUUCCCCCUCCUUCUAAAUUGAUUGUCAACAGAUGUGGAAGCCGCAUCAGUUUCAGGUUCUUGAGUCACUAGGCAGAGAGAUGAAUCUCCUUAAGAUUGGCACUUGGCAAAACAAUGACACUGCAACUAUCUGGCUUAUGAAAUUCAGUGUUCUUUGGCUUUUCAGUCAAAACUGUUGUAGAGCCAGUGCAAUAUGGACUGCUUACAUGAACUUAUCAUUUCAUGUUGGUAACCGCAUAUUGUCAGAGUUGGGGGAGACUGGAGUCUUUGGGAAAAGCUCCUCUUUGAAGAGAGUGACAGGAGUUCUACUGCCACCUGAGGGAAAAGUUCAAAAUGCAUGUAAUCCUCGAACCAGCUUCAGGAGAUCCACGAAUGCAGAGAUGUGGCUUGCGCUUAUUGAACGGGGAAGUUGUACCUUCACACAGAAAAUUAAGGUGGCAACUGAGAAAGGAGCCAGUGGAGUGAUUGUCUAUAACUUUCCGGGAACUGGCAAUCAGAUUUUCCCCAUGUUUCAUAAGGCGUUCGAAGACACUGUGGUGGUUAUGAUUGGUAGCUUAAAAGGCAUGGAAAUUUUGCACUUAAUUCAGGAGGGAGUUCGGGUGACAGUCACAGUGGAGGUAGGGAGAAAACACAUCAUCUGGUUGAAUCACUAUUUUAUCUCCUUUAUGAUCGCCACGACUGCUAUUUUAACAUAUUUCAUCUCUUACCAUGUUCGAAGAGUUUGGGUAGCAAGGAUGCAGAACAGGAGGUGGCAACGAUUAACCACCAAUCUCAAGAGAGCUUUCAGCCAGCUUCAACUUCGAGUAUUAAAAGAAGGGGAUGAAGAAUUAAAUCCUAAUGGGGAUAACUGUGUAGUGUGCUUUGAACCCUAUAAGCCAAAUGAUACGAUUCGAAUUCUGACUUGUAACCAUUUCUUCCACAAGAAUUGUAUUGACCCCUGGAUCCUAGCCCACGGCACAUGCCCCAUGUGCAAAUGUGAUAUUCUGAAAGCUUUGGGGAUUCCAGGGGAUAUUGAAAAUGGAACUGAAUCUCUGCAAGUUCUAAUGGCAAGUGAAUUGCUGGAAGCAGCAACACCUCGGGAAGAGGAGGCCAAUAAUGAACUUCCUCCUGCAAGAAGGUCAGAUAAAGUGACCCAAGUAGAUGAGCACCCUACAUCUCCAAGUAAUGACAGCCAGCCUGACUCAAUAGUUGGACCCGUCCAUCCCUCACCUUGACAUAGUGACCUUGGAGAAAGUGGAUUAAACCUGUCUGUCAAAUCAGGUCCAAACAGAAAAGUAGUUUGAGUGUGUUCUUCAUGUCCUUUUCUAUUUUGAUAACUUUUUACUUUAUCAGUCUUCAAAGACAGCAAAAAAGGCCUACUGGGAUAUUUUUAUUUUUAUUUUUUGACUUAUUGUCCAAGUAUGCUAUUCUAUUGUGUGUGCAAUGUUCAUUUCUGUGUCCCUUUCCUGUUAAAACCAAGCAAAGCCCUUUGU